AUGGAAAUUCCGGCCCCGUCCUCCCUGGAGGCGAGCGGCGGCGGCGCCGGCGGCGGCGAAGAGAGCGCCGCUCCGACGAGGAGCGGCGUCUCCGGCCAGACGGGGGAUGCCCUGGAGGGCGACGGCGCCAGAGGCGUCGAGAGCGUCGCCACGGAGAGCGACGGCGCCGGCGGCGGCGAAGAGUGCGCCGCUCCGACGAGGAACGGCGUCCCCGGCCAGACGGGGGAUGCCCUGGAGGGCGACGGCGCCAGAGGCGUCGAGAGCGUCGCCAUGGAGAGCGACGGCGCCGACCCCGGCGCCGCGGCGCCGCAGAUCCACGAGCCUAGGCCAGAUCGGAAGACCUGCCACCAGUGCCGCCAGGGCAAAUCUUACUUCGGGGCAGCUUGCAAGGUCGAGAAAAAAUAUGGGCUGUGCAAGCUCAGGUACUGCCGGAAAUGCUUGAUUAACAGGUAUGGCGAGAGUGAAGAUGCGGUGGAGCUGGACGAUUCCUGGGCCUGCCCCAAGUGCAGGGGUGAAUGCAACUGCAGUAAUUGCAGGAAAAUGAGCGGGAAGACACCGACGGGGAUACUGUCCCAUGCCGCCAAGGCGGUAGGGUGCUCUUCCGUCCAUGACUUGCUAAACAAAGGGGACGACGAGGUGGCUGCUGCGCAGAAGCUGGUAACCCCGCUGACGGCUAAUCGCACCUCAAAGAAGAAGCGAAACAGGGAUGUUGCGACAGAUGAUGCUACUGGUACCAAUGGAUUACUGGCUGAAGGGGAUGAUCAGAAUGCAGUUUCUUCUGUUCCUACCAAGAAGAAGAAGAAGGUUAAAUGCACAGUAGAUAACCGUCCUGCUGAUGACAAGUCCCUGCAGGGAACUGAGAGCCUUUGCGCUGUUGAGGAGGAAAUUGUGUUACCCAGGGGCACUCCUGUCACUAACGUUGCGGGUGCAGACCUGGAGGAGGAAGAUGUCGGGCCUGCACUUCAGUUUUAUGAGUUUUGCCGCUCAUUUGCUGAGUUUUUCCAUCUAAGGAAGGGGGAACCAGAAAAAAUUCUUCAAGAAAUCUCCGGAGGCCGUGAACUUCGAGUGGUGGCCUCACUUAUUGCUGAGCUUCACAUAAAGCUGUUUUCUAUUAUCAAACAAGACAGAGGGGAGAAGCCUCCGAAGUAUUCAAGAGAUGGAGAUCAAUGGAUAAUUGAUAUUGGCAAAUAUAUUAGUGGGUCAACCUUUAUCUCAAAGGAGUUGCCUCUUGACUGUUUGAAUCAGGGAGUAUCAGGAUAUAAGAUUUUGAGCCCUUCUUAUAAGCUACAUGUGCUGAAUUUUUUGUGUGAUGAGACUCUUUCUUGCGCAAAGUUGAGAAACUGGAUUGACAAAAAAAACGAAAAGGCAUCUGAGAGAAAGAGUGUUGCCAAGGAAAAAAUCCGUGCUGCAAAUGAGAAGGAAAGGGAGCUAAAAGGAAGACAGAGUGACAUGGCUAAAGAUGCGCUUUUUAUGGAAGGAGAAACUACUACCAUCAUGGAGACUAAUAAUCUCAUUUCUGAAGUAAAGGAGGCAAAUGAAGUCAAAAGAGCAGCUACAAAUGCAUUAGAGGAGGUGGGAGGUGUUCAGCGGACCAAACCUGUCAUGGUAGAUAAAGGGGUAGCAUAUUGGAAGCUGGAUGGGUAUUGUGAUAAUGCAACAAUAAUGCGUCAAGAGCUCGAUAGUGAAAACAUGAUGGGGAACAAAGACAAAUGGUUCAUGUUCACUGAA